AUGGACCCGGGUCCAGCCGCGGUCAGGGACGUGUGCCGCUGGACGGAGUGCGGCGUCAAGCACUCCACCCUGGACCAGGUCGGGAGCUGCCCGAUCCCCAGCCCGACCCCGUGGCCAGCGCUGGUGCAGGUGCCGUGGCCCGAGUCACGCGCCGUCAGGACCGCCGGCCAGCCGUUCGACGGCUUGCCUGACCCGACGUGCCGGGACACCGGCUCUUGCCCCGCCGUCGUCCUCGUCAUCGGCAACAACCGCUCGCUAGCUCAAAGUAUAUAUUCUACUCCUUCCAUUCCAUGUCAUGUCAUGGUCUUUCGGGUGGAUUGUUUCCUGCUUCGACUUCCUCCUUGA